CUGCCGAGGAGCCGUAGUCUGCGGAGCGCCGGCGGCAGGGGAUUGUGGGAGAAGAUGGCGGCCGCCGCUCACCCCCGGGUUGUCCGGGUCCUGCCAAUGUCACGUUCUUCUAUUACUGCAUUAGCCACAGCCGUGCUUCAUCGCCCACCCCAGCGCCAGCUUCACCAUGCACUCAUACCUCAUGGGAGAAGUGGGCGUUCCUCAGUCAGUGGGGUGGUGGCCACUGUGUUUGGAGCAACAGGAUUCCUGGGCCGAUAUGUUGUUAACCAUCUUGGGCGUAUGGGGUCACAGGUAAUCAUACCCUAUCGGUGUGAUACAUAUGACUACAUGCACCUUCGUCCUAUGGGUGACCUGGGCCAGAUUAUCUUUCUGGAAUGGAAUGCGAGAAACAAAGAUUCUAUCCGAAGAGCAGUCGAGCACAGCAAUGUGGUCAUCAAUCUUGUUGGGCGAGACUGGGAAACCAAAAACUUUGAUUUUGAGGAUGUUUUUGUGAAAAUUCCCCAAGCAAUUGCUCAGGUGUCCAAGGAAGCUGGAGUUGAAAAACUUAUUCACAUUUCACAUCUGAAUGCCGAUAUUAAAAGUACUUCUAGAUAUCUGAGAAAUAAGGCUGUUGGAGAGAAAGAAGUGAGAGAUGCAUUUCCAGAAGCCAUUAUCAUAAAGCCUUCAGACAUCUUUGGACGAGAGGAUAGAUACCUCAAUUAUUUUGCAAAUAUGCGCUGUUUUGGUGGUGUACCUCUUGUGUCCUUGGGCAAGAAGACAGUGAAACAACCAGUAUAUGUUGUAGAUGUAUCGAAAGGAAUUGUGAAUGCAGUUAAGGAGCCAGAUGCCAGAGGGAAAACUUUUGCCUUUGUUGGGCCCAAUCGAUACCUCCUUUUUGACCUGGUUCAGUAUGUCUUUGCUAUGAGUCACAGACCCUUCCUCCCAUACCCUUUGCCACGUUUUGCCUAUCAAUGGAUAGCACGACUCUUUGAAAUCAGUCCAUUUGAGCCCUGGACAACGAGGGAUAAAGUGGAGCGGGUUCACAUCACCGACAUGACAUUGCCUCACUUGCCUGGCUUGGAAGACCUUGGUAUUCAGGCCACACCCCUGGAACUGAAGGCCAUCGAGGUGCUGCGGCGUCAUCGCACUUACCGCUGGCUGUCUUCUGAAAUGGAUGAGGUGAAGCCAGCCAAGACUGUCAACUUUUAGUGGCCUCUGAGCUGCCCUGGGUUUUUGGUGUCAUUUGGGUCAUCUGGCUAGUGACUAGUCCACUUUCAUCAGAGAAUCCUGUAAACAGUGAAUAAGAUCUCUCUAUUAAAACAUCUGAGAUUAUAUUCUGCAA